UGCGCAACGCUGGCCCAGGGCUGGGCCUUAUAAAGCCCAGCACUGAGGCCCCCAAGCUUCACAGCUACCUCUGACUCUACUGCAACACAUCAAGACACAGUGGUAGGACAACAUGCUGUUCGUUUUUGCAUCCCUUUGCCUGCUGGCCACAUGUUGGGCCCAGGACUGCCAGGUGGCCAACGUUCAAGUGAUGCAGAACUUUGACAAAACCAGGUAUACAGGAACGUGGUAUGCAGUGGCCAAGAAAGAUCCCGUCGGACUUUUCCUGCUGGAUAACGUUGUUGCUAACUUCAAAGUGGACGAUGUCGGCCAAAUGACAGCCUCCGCCAUGGGCAGAGUCAUCAUCCUGAACAACUGGGAGAUGUGCGCCAACAUGUUCGCCACCUUCGAGAACAGCCCCGACCCCGCCAAGUUCAAGAUGAGGUACUGGGGAGCUGCCUCCUACCUGCAGACUGGCUACGAUGACCAUUGGGUGAUCGACACCGACUACGACAACUACGCCAUCCACUACUCCUGCAGAGAGGUUGACUACGACGGCACCUGCCUGGACGGCUAUUCCUUCGUCUUCUCCCGACACCCCGAGGGACUGAGGCCCGAGGACCAGAAGAUCGUCACCCAGAAGAAACAGGAGAUCUGCUUCCUGGGCAAAUACAGACGCGUCCCACACACAGGGUUCUGCACCGCAUAAAUAAGCUGGACGAGGCGAAGGAAUGACGAGGACGACUGUGAGCGUUUAGCUGUUGCCACUGGAAUAUGUUGGCACAGCUCCCCCCAUCUCUCUCUCUCUCUCUCUCUCUCUCUCUCUCUCUCUCUCUCUCUCUCUCUCUCUGUCUGUCUGUCUUUCAACAACGUCUUCUGAUGGAGAAUGUUAAACAAGUUGACGAGGCACCCUGGAAACCACUGUAGCAAUAUGUCAUUCGAGUACACAGUUACUUCACAAGACAUUCUCAAAGGUUUUUAAAUAAUAACUAUGUCUGCCAUUACUGAAAGUCUUACCUACCUGGAGACCUAUUGGAGAUGUCUGCAGUAUUUAUAUUUUAUUUCCAAAGCUUGUGGCAAUAUUGACUAAGGGACUCUUCUGAUGUACUGAAAGUAAGGGAGGAAAGACUGACCAUUUUAAAGAAAAGGACUGUACAUACACAGACAAAAAAAUGAACAAUCCUCUCUACCAAUAACAAUUUCCAUUUUUCAUCAAGAAGACCUGAUUAAAACCCAGGUCAGCCAAAAGCGUACAGUGUUGAAUGUAUUGUAAUGAUUUUAUGUACUGAAAUGAGUCAAUGUUUGUUCUUUUUUUUAAAUAAAAUAUUCUUGUAAAAUCUA